CCUCACCUGUACCUGCAGCACCUGGGCUGUGUGAUUCCCGACUGUGUCGAGCUGCAGGAGAUGAUUUGUGAGCUGUGUAUGAAUAAAAAUGAUUUCCUGUGGACCUACGCUGAUCUGCUGGCAGUCUCAGGUGCAGCGGCACAGGUGAAGGAGGAGACAGGAGGAGAAUCAAACACCGACGCUCCUGACAAACCACAGGUGGAUCAGGUGGAUGAUGUCAUCGAGCCCAGCAGUAAGCGGAGUCGCGAGGAGGCGGAGUCGAGCUGCAGAUUGAAGCAACCGCAGAGGACUGGUCAGAACAGACUCCGGUCGGGGGCUGUGUUCUGGCCGUCAGGGUGGCGCUCCAAACUCUGCUCCUGCACCGCCUGCCAGGAGCUUCUGUCACAAGCUAAUCUGUCCUUCUUAUUGGACGAGUCGGACACCGUCCUCGCCUACGAGAGAAAAGGAAAAAACAACGAACAGAAGCAACAAGGACACGACCCUCUGAUGUCAGCACUCGACAACCUGAACCGAGUGCAGCAACUCGAGAUCAUCCAUGGGUACAACGACAUGAAAACUGAACUGAAGGAUUUUCUGCAGACAUUUGCAGCUGAAGGAAAGGUCAGUGACCUCUGAUGUCAUGUGACUGUUCUCUGAUAGGUCGUGACCUCUGAUGUCAUGUGACUGUUCUCUGAUAGG